AUGAUAAAUUGGGUGGAGAAGCACAUGGUGCAAAGCAUCUCUGCACAGCAAGAAAAGGAGACAGUUGCCAAGUGCAUUGCGGACCUGAAGCUGCUGGCAAAGAAGGCUCAAGCACAGCCAGUUAUACUGAAGACCUACCUCCUGAAGCUCGUUAUAUCAAGUUGUAAGUCUUCACGUGUUGAAUUCAUUAAGUUCAUGUCUGAAAGCCAGCAACACACAAGACCUGGCAGGGAGGUCGUGGUUACCAGACUCCACACUGAGAAGACCGCCCAGCUCCAGGUACUGUACCGCCCGGUGACAUUACCGAAUGCCGGGGUCUGUAACGUGCGGAAAGCCUACCUGUAUGGCGUCGCCAAAGGCGCACCCCUACACCUAGUCCAUAAGCUAAGAGGAGGAGUUUUACAACUUGGCCUGGCGCAGCAAAGGCCAGACUCUGAACCAGCAGGCCCUGGGCACCAAGCCCGGGGCCUGGCAGGCACAUGGCAGGGUCGCGCAGAAGCUCCUCAAUGGCCAGUGCCAACUGCAGCCCGGCACCGGCCUCUUCUGAGCUUGGGCAAAUCUGAAUUGGGAAAGUCGACAUUAAUCAACUCAUUAUUCCUCACAGAUUUGUAUUCUCCAGAGUAUCCAGGUCCUUCUCAUAGAAUUAGAAAGACUGUAGAGGUAUGGAUAUUAGUAUUGUUAAUUAAAAAAGGAGAAGUACAGUUAAUCAGAAGAAUUAUCUUGACUAGAACUUUCCAAAUUUUGCUCAACAGCCACAUGUGGCAACCUGUUAUCGAUUACAUUGCUAGUAAAUUUGAGGACUACCUAAAUGCAGGAUCAUGAGUGGACAGACGUUAGAUGCCUGAUAACAGGGUGCAGUGUUGUUUAUACUUCAUUGCUCCUUCAGAACAUGGACUUAAACCAUUGGAUAUUGAGUUUAUGAAGCACUUGCAUGAAAAAGUGAGUAUCAUUCCAUUUAAUGCCAAAGCAGACACACUCACACCAGAGGAAUGCCAACAGUUUACAAAACAGAUAAUAAAAGAAAUCCACGAACAUAAAAUUAAAAUAUAUAAAUUUCCAGAAACAGAUGAUGAAGAAGAAAAUAAACGUGCUAAAAAGAUAAAGGUAGAAUACUUUGUUUUAUGGGACCGUUUACCUCUUGCUGUAGUGGGUAGUAAUAUUAUCAUUGAAAUUAAUGACAAAAGCGUCAGAGGAAGACAGUAUCCUUGGGAUAUAUAUUGUGCUGUCAUUUAG